UUUUCUUCCGCAAAAAAGAUACCCAACUCCAGUGUCCUCGUUCGACUCUAUCGCUAAACCGCAGCUCAAUUCUUCAAGAUGCGCGUGUCUGCUCUCUUGUCCACGGCCAUUUUCACGGCCACGGUCCUUGCACACGGCAAUGUAACAAGUCCUCCGUCUCGUCAGCCCGGUGCUGCCAUGCAAAAAGUCUGCGGAGCCCCGGCUGUCGCUGCCAUUCUUGCCGACGGAACCGGCCCUCUCGAGAACAUCCCAUCUAACGGUGCCGCCAACUGUAACAUCUUCAUGUGCAAAGGUGCACAAUUCGCCGACAACCAAGCUAACGUCCAACAAUUUACGGCUGGCGAAAUUGUCAACUUCGAAGUCCAGCUUCCGAUUCCUCAUGAGGGCCCGGCGAACGUUUCGAUUAUCGAUACGGCUACGAAUACGGUGGUCGGACCUCCGCUCAUUGAGUUUGAUAGCUAUGCUGAUGAGAACUUGGCGGUCCUCCCGCUGAAUAACACUGCGUUCAGUGUCACCAUGCCGGCGAAUCUCGGGGCAAAGUGCGCGGUUGCUGGUGAAUGCGUGAUGCAAUGGUUUUGGUUUGGGACGGCUGCUGUGCAGACAUAUGAGAAUUGCGUCGAUUUCGUAAUGGUGUAG